GAGAUGCGAGAGCGUUGGGCAGGAAGAAAAACCCCAACGCAUCCUGCCCUCCCCCUUGAGCAGAGCGGCCAGUCAGACCGCCACUCAACUCUCCGCCCAGCAGAUCACUCGCUCAUCCAUGGCGUCCGUCUCCUAGCUUCCGCUCCCGCCCCCAAGCAGCCGCAGCCGCAGCCGCAGCCGCAGCUGCGAGGAUUCUGAUCAGGAACUCAAUUGCUGCAAGUUCAGAUGAAUCGGCCAUCAAAUUUCAUGCCUACUCCUGAUCAGGAUGUUCUGGAUAUCAAGCCCUUGAGGACAUUGGCUCCAAUGUUCCCUGCGCCCUUGGGUGUCAAUACAUCUAACCAGUCAACCACCCCACCGUUGAUAUUCGUCACUCCUGCUGAGCAGUUUCAAGGGGGGUUUGGUGCUUGGAACAAAUCUUCUGCCCAGUCAUUUUUCGCUUUCGGCGGCAAGGAUGCUUGUGGAGGCAAGGCUCAUACUUUUGGUGAUCAGAAUGUUGAUGGUGGCAAGGCUGCCACUUUUUGUGAUCAGGAUACUGUUGGCAGUGAGAAUGCUGCAGUUGGUGAUCAGGGUUGUGCUGGAGGGCAGUCUGCUGCACAUUGGACUUCAGAUGUGAGUGCCAAUGCCAAUGGCCCCAUUGACGCCACUCCCAUUUCAGCUUACAGGGCAACACGGCCUAAUGUUAUAUCACUGGACGAUGAUGAUGACGAUGACGAGAAUUAUAUUGCUAACCAGACAUCAGCAUCUGGAAGGAAGAUUAAGAGGCCAUCCCGCCUAAGCGGAUAUAAUAUGAACGAUGGUAUGGGCAGCGAUAGCUCCAAUAGCAUGAAGACUAAACGCCCCAAGCCCUCUCACAAGAAAGCUUCUGCUAACAAUGAGCUUGCUGUGGUGCCUCCAUCUGGUGAUCCCAGGGAAAUUGUGGAGGCAGUUCUCAUGACAUUUGAGGCACUGCGGCGUAGGCAUCUUCAAAUGGAUGAGGAACAAGAGACUAGCAAACGUGCAGACCUGAAGGCUGGCGCCAUCAUGAUGGCCAGGAAUCUUAGGGCCAACACGGGGAAAAGGAUAGGGGUUGUUCCUGGCGUUGAAAUAGGGGAUAUUUUCUACUUCAGGAUGGAGCUAUGUAUUAUCGGUCUGCAUGCUCCUAGCAUGGCCGGAAUUGAUUAUAUGACUGCCAAGUUUGGUGAUGAGGAUGAUUCCAUUGCAAUAUGUAUUGUUGCUGCAGGUGGAUAUGACAACAAGGAUGAUGAUACAGAUGUUCUGGUUUACAGCGGUUCAGGAGGCAAUAGCAGGAACAACGAGGAGCGGCAUGACCAGAAGCUUGAGAGGGGCAACCUGGCUCUUGAGAGGAGCCUGUCCAGAAAAAAUUUAAUCCGGGUAGUACGGGGCUAUAAGGAUCCAGGAUGCUUGACUGGGAAGGUUUAUAUUUAUGAUGGCCUCUACAGGAUUCAUGAGUCAUGGAAGGAGAAAACAAAGAGUGGAACAUUUUGUUUCAAGUACAAGCUGCUGAGAGAGCCAGGACAACCUGAUGGGGUUGCAAUUUGGAAGAUGUCCCAGAAAUGGCUAGAGAAUCCAACAACUAGAGGCAGUGUUUUACACCCCGAUCUAUCUUCUGGUGCAGAAAAUCUCCCAGUGUUUCUUGUUAAUGACAUUGACAAUGAUGAAGGACCGCAUCAUUUCACCUAUAUUACUCAGAUCAAACACUUGAAACCACCCAGCUCUAUAAAACCUGUACAGGGUUGCACAUGUCUUAGUGUUUGUCUGCCUGGUGAUGCCAACUGCAGUUGUGCACAGCGUAAUGGAGGCAACUUACCGUAUGGCUCAUCAGGAUUGCUAGUCUGCCGCAAGCCUAUGGUUUAUGAAUGUGGUGAAUCCUGUCGGUGUUCAUUCAACUGCCGUAACAAGGUGACCCAAAAAGGAGUUAGGAUCCACUUUGAGGUCUUUAAGACCGGAAAUCGAGGCUGGGGUCUUCGUUCAUGGGACCCCAUACGAGCUGGUUCAUUUUUAUGCGAGUAUGUUGGUGAGGCUAUUGAUGAUGCUAAAUGUGAUUUGAAUAGUCAUGAGGAUGAUUAUAUGUUUCAAACAUUGUGUCCUGGUGAGAAGACUUUAAAAUGGAAUUACGGACCUGAAUUGAUAGGGGAGCAAAGCACAAAUAUUUCAGCUGAUACCUUUGAGCCUCUGCCUCUUAAGAUAAGUGCAAAAAAAAUGGGAAACGUCUCGCGUUUCAUGAACCAUAGUUGUGCUCCUAAUGUCUUCUGGCAACCAGUUCAGUUUGACCAUGAAGAUGAUCAUCGCCCGCAUAUCAUGUUCUUUGCAUUGAAGCACAUUCCUCCCAUGACAGAGUUGACUUAUGACUAUGGUGAUAUUGGAACUGAUUCUAGUGGUGUUCCUAGAGCUAAGAACUGCCUUUGUGGAUCCUCGAACUGCCGGGGGUUCUUUAUCUGACUACAGAAGAUGUGCAUUCUAUCUACCAACAUUACCAUCAGUUAGAUCUUUUUGGGCGUUACAGAAGUAAAAGCAGGACCGGUUCAAACGGCUUACGCCAAGACUGCCAUUGUGGAAUCAUUAAUUUAACUAAUGUUCUGCUUUUAUAAAUACCCAUUCCCGCACAACUGUUCCUUUUGUGGGGAAGAACGUAGGUCUUGCAGUUGCAGGAUCAAUUUUGUAUAGUUUCUAGUAGUGCGCUAACCAUGUGGACACUUCAGUCUUGCGGCCGUUCAAAGAAUAAGUGAUCCCUUGGCGGUCAAUUAUGUGAAUUCAAGUAUGCAAGAUAUUCGGAAUUACUGCUGGUAUGCUGACAUAUGGUUUAAUGGUUAUUUGAACUCGCUCA